AUGUUCCCUGGUGUCUCCUCCUGUGGCUGGCGGGACGGAGGCGUCGCUAUCGCGGAAGUCAUGGUGGCUGCUGCGAGUCGAUCCGACAUGGCCGACGCGUCUUUUUCCUCUCACGAUCUGCUUCCAGCGAGUGCCACCAUAGCGGGGACAGUGGCUUCCCCAACAUCACUCGCGCUGGCGCUGGUGCCGUCUGACGUGGACUCGGUCCUUGCUGACGCGAUGCUGGACACGCACGCGCAGGACGAGCCGCAAAGAAACGACGAGGAUGAUGAUGAAAAUCCUGCGGAAGUUACGGGGAAGGCCGUGGUGCCACUGGCGAGGGUGCCGAGGCCGUUACGGGGCUCUCACGUGCGCAAGAAAGCUGUUGUGUUCAAACGAGAGCUGUUGGAAGAGGUAAUGGCGAAGAAUUUGUACAACAAGCGGCCGGAUCUCUCCGCAGGGAAAACCAUGCGGAAGCAAGGUUUAGUGAUCAACAACGAAAAGGCGCGCGUCAUAGGCCAUGUUCCGGGCGUUCCGGUAGGGUUUCAGUUCUUUAGUAGGCAGGAGAUGGCGGUCGUGGGAGUUAAUCUCCAGGCGCAAGGGGGUAUAGACUAUUCUCCUUCUGGGGCGAACCAGUGGGGAGUGGAGGUAGCGUCUUGUGUGGUGCUAUCGGGUGGGUAUGAGGACGAUGAGGAUAACGGGCAGUGGUUUGAUUACACCGGGCAGGGCGGAAAUAAUUACCGCGGGGAUCGGACGCAGCUGAAGGACCAGCAGUUGGAGCGGGGGAAUCUCGCUCUGGUCAACAGCGAAAAGUUGAAGCUGCCCGUGAGAGUAAUCCGUGGGGUGAAAGAACCAGCGAGCUACACCAAAAUGGUCUACACUUACGACGGCUUAUACCGAGUCGCGCGCAGCGAGCAUAUCCCGGGGGAUUCCGGCCACAUGAUCUUCAAAUUCCGGAUGGAGAGGGAGGAAGGUCAGCCGGCACUGCAAACUCCAACCGUGGAGUUUGUCCGAGCGUCGCUGAAAAGCGGGACGAAGUCGAAGGACAGGAGGGGGGUGGUGGCCGAGGAUAUUUCUCAUGGGAAGGAGAGUCGGCCGGUGUGUGCGGUGAACACGGUGGAUAAGCAGCCUGUGCCUCCUCCUGCGUUUCAGUACAUCAGAAGUAUGAACCACGCGGAGGCUCUGAGGAAACUCGUGAGGCGAGAAGCGGCUGAGGCUGCCGCUGCUGGUGGUGAUGCUGCUGCUGCUGCUGCUGCCGCCGCUGCUGCUGCUGCAGCAGCGAUUGAUCUGCAGCCGCUGGUGCUGGGCUGUUCUUGCACGGACGGGUGCGUGGACGCUACUGCGUCCCAGCAGAUCAUAUACGAGUGCGGCCCGCAGUGUGCCUGCUCCUGCACCGGUCGCAGCAACGCUGGUAGCAGCAGCAGCAGCAGCAGCAGCGGCAGCGGGUGUAUCAACAGGGUGAGCCAGAAGGGGGUGCAGGUGCGUUUGGAGGUGUUUAAAACAGAAAACAAGGGGUGGGGGGUGCGGUCGUGGGACGCGAUACCUGCAGGGCACUUUGUGUGUGAGUACACUGGGGAUCUUUUGAGGGACGAUGAUGCGGAAACGCUGAGAGGGAACGAUGAGUAUCUUUUUGAUUUGGAUCUCGCUCGAGGGAUUCAGGAGCGGUGGGGGGAUGUGUCGGGUAUUCUUGGGAGUGGUGGGGCUAGUGCUGCUGCUGCUGCUGCUGGUGGUGCUGGUGGUAUGGAUGAGGAAGAGGAGGAGGAAGAGGAGGGGUUGGCGGAGUUGCCGCAUGGGUCAACCAGGCAGCAUGGGAGGCAUGGGGGCAGUGUGAGCGGUGAGCGUUCACGUAACACAAGAGCACCACCAGCACCAGCAGCAGCAGCGCCAGCAGCAGCAGCAGCACCGGCAGCAGCGGCAGCGCCGCACGACGACAUCCAUUUCUGUCUGGACGCCAAGCGCAUGGGUAACGUGGCGCGGUUCAUCAACCACAGCUGCAACCCGAACCUGUUCGUGCAGAACGUGUUCUACGACCACCACGACCACCGCCUGCCACACAUCAUGCUCUUUGCUUCCGACAACAUCCCACCUCUCAGAGAGCUCACGUAUGACUACGGGUACCAGGUGGACAGUGUGAUGGAUGAAAACGGAAACGUGAAGAAGCUGCUGUGUUACUGCGGGGCCGCCGGUUGCCGGAAGCGGCUGUAUUAA